CGGCGGCGAUUCAGUCGUGAAUUCAAGCUGAAAGCGUCGAGAUGAAAUCGUUUGUGGUGUGCUCUCUGAUCGGACUUAUGCUCCUGGUGGCCGUCGCCGAGGUGCGCGCCGAGUGCGACGAGGAGAAGGCGCCUGAUGAGAGCGACUUCAAGCACUUCUUCAAGAACUUGGGCUGCAAGGUCAACCAGGGGGCUAAGGACGUGGCCGAGGCUGCCAAGCCCUACGCGGACAAGAUUGGCGAGGGCGCCAAGGAGUUUGGCAGCUCGGUGGCCCAUAAAUAUGAUGAAAUAAAGCACAAGCUCACGGAUGAGGGACCCACUACGCCGAAGGCGCCCAUUGCCUAUGAUGCUCCCACUGAGAAGGUGCCUUUGGCCCCCAUUGGCAGCUCGCCCCCACCAGCCCUGUGAGCAUCAGGAUCAGGUGUUUCCAGGAGCACAGGAGAAGUCUAGGAUCUACUUCUCCGCUUGCUUCCCCCUUGUUGCAUAAUAUUUCUUUCUUUGUGUUUUUUUUUCUUGUGAUCUAUAUGAAUAAAACGCCUAAUCAAGUGAUGUUGGA